UCUUGAACUUUGAUUGAACUCUUGAGAUUGAGUUAAGUUCUCCUCCUACAGCUUACCCCCUAGUGCGUCGAAAGCCAUAGCGUCGCGAAUACUUCAUCAAUCAACAUGAUUCAAUUUGGGAACGGUAGCUGAGCUUACGAUCUACAACAUAUCCGAGUUUCGCGACAUUCCAACGGCUAGUUUUUUGUCGACGUCGUUUCUUGUGAAGACGACUUUUCUGUCCAGAAUUUCGGAUUUAUAUUUUGAGUAAUUCUAGCUCCUAAGUUCACCUAGACUUCGUCCUUAAUCCUAACAAGUGGUAUCAGAGCCAUAUUGAGGACAUUGAGAGGAGUCUACAGAAGUGUGAAGACCCUUCUAGACCCACCAUGGCCUGUGGGCGUGCCUAAGUGGUGUUCUAAAGGUUGGAUGUGACUUCCGCUAAGGGGAAACUCUGCCGAAAUUUCGUGGACGCCGACACUUGUGAAAAUAUCGAGGGAGCUGAGUCUGGACAGCAAAGGGGGAGCUGAAAUUCGUCAUUUCUCAAGGAGAAGAUGAAUGAGAGAGGAGGAGAUGCUAAUGGAAGAGGAGCUGUACCUGAGAAGACAAGUGAGCCGCCACCAUCAAAAGUUGAAGCUUUGGAUGGCUCCAACUAUGAGGAAUGGAGCGGGCGCAUGAGGAGUGCCUUCAAACGCUACAAGCUACUGAAGAUUGCUGUUGGGGAGGAGAAGAUGCCGGAAGAAGGCGAAGAACGCGAACGGUGGAUUGAGAAAAGCACGGUGCUUUUCGACCUCAUCCUUCAAUCGGUCAACAAGGAGAUGUUCGAGCACAUCAAGGAUCUUGUGGAAGCGGAUGAUUCGGGUCCAAGGGCGUGGAAACUACUACGCGAUGUGAUUCAGCCCAACACUCUUCCGAUGGUGAUCGUGCUCGAGAAGGAACUUGCUGCAAUCUCCAUGCGACCAGGGGAUGAUGUGAAGCUGAUCCUUGACAAGAUCAAGGACACCUAUGCAAGGAUGGCAGCAGCGGGCAGCAGCGUUUCUCAGCUGCAGCAGUGCACCAAGAUCAUCUCGGUGUUGGAUAACUCGUGGGACAACCUCAUCCCCACCCUCAACUCUCAGCAAGAUCAAUGGACACCUGAGUGGCUAAGGCAGCAGAUUCUGCAGGAGGACUUCCGCAGACGCCAUGUGGGAGGCGGUGCUGCCACUAAGACUGCUGAGGGCAGGCCGGAGGGAUGGGCACCUCCAGGCAUGAAGCCGCCCAGUGGUGAACGCGCACAAGGUGGCGCUGUGCAAGGCUCAGGUGCACAAGGUGAAGGUGCACAAGGUAAUGCCUAUCCUGGGAUGUUUCUCAUGGUUGAGGAUGUGCAUGGGCAUGAGGAUUUGCUUGAUGAGGUAAAACCCCCUGGGAAGAUCAAGUAUGUGGCAGCAGCGUCAGGUGCUUUGCUCCCUGUCAUUGGUGUUGGAAAUGCCAAGGUUAAGGGAGCUAAUGGGGAGCUUGUGGGGCUUGGGAAUGUUCUGCUGGUUGAAGGCUUGUCUGCUAACCUUCUCUCUGUGCGACGACUGCAGAAGAGCAAGGCCGAAGUGACCUUUGGACGAACCAGCUGCCGUGCUAAGCUUGGGAAGAAGGUGCUGUGGAGUCUGGAAGAGGAGACCAGCUGCAUCAAGGACCUGUGGCAGCUGCCCAUCAUCCCAUGGAAUGGGAAGACUCCAACAGCAGCAACGGCAGCAGCGGCAAAGGCAACAGCAGGAGGAGAUGCAACUGCACCAACUGAUGGGGUCCUGGAAGCAGUCAAGAAAGUGCAGCAGCAGCAGACACAUGGGCUGCCUGAUCCGUUUUGGGUGUCUGCACUGAGGCAGGUCGCCCUUGUGAAGAACAGGGUGCUGGCUACAGUUGGAGAUAAGGAGUGGAUCCCAUAUACCAAGUGGUAUGGGAGUGCUCCAGCUGUGAACAUGCUGAGGGCAUUUGGGUGCAUGGUGGUGUUUCAUGUGCCUAAGGAGAAAAGGGGGAAGUUGGAGGCUUCUAGAAGAUGGGGUGUGCACUUGGGGAUUGCAAAGGAUCACAAGGGGUGGCUGCUAUGGGACUUGACCACCCAGAAGUUGACAGUGUCAAGGGAUGUGAAGUUUCUUGAGUCCCUGUACUACAAGGAAUGGAAGCAGCAGCAACAGAAGCUUCCAUCUACACCGCUCAUUGUGGAGGCAGAUGAGGUGCAGCAGCCUUCAAGACAGGUGGAGGUUGCAGUGUCAGAGGAGGAGAUGUCUGGGGUGACUGAGGAAGGGGGAGCAGCUGAAGUGGAGCAGCAGCAGCAGCAGGAGCAGCAGCAGCAGCAUGAGUCUCCACCUCGAGUUCCACACCCGCCUGAGCGACCUAGGAGGGAUGUGCGCCCUCCGGUGAGGCUAACCUAUGGGGGAAGAGGCAAGCCGAAUGUGGUGCAGGCUGGGAGUGUGGUUGAGCAGAUUGAGGAAGAUGAGAUCGCUCACUGCUACUGGGCACCAAUCCCUGAGCCCAAGACUCGAGAGGAGGCUUUGAAUGGACCAAAUGGGGAGAAGUGGAAGGCGAGUGAGGAUGAGGAGUUCGGGUCCCUAAUUGAGAACGAGACAUGGGACCUGUGUGACUUGCCUCCUGGAAAGAAGGCAAUCACUUCCAAGAUGAUCUACAGGCACAAGUAUGGACCUGAAGGGGAGCUGAUCCGCUACAAGUCUAGGCUUGUGGCACGGGGGUUUCAGCAGACAAAGGGGAAGGACUAUGAUGAGGUGUUUGCUCCUGUGGGGAAAGGAACAACACUGAGGGUGCUGUUGGCGAUAGCUGCACUCCUGGGAUGGAAGAUUCGGCAGAUGGAUAUUGUGACUGCCUUUCUGAAUGGGAUCAUUAUGGAGGAGGUGUACAUGAAGCAGCCAGAGGGGCUGGAUGACGGGAGCGGCAGGGUCUGCGGCUGAAGAAGGCCAUCUAUGGCCUUAAGCAGGCGCCUCGUGCAUGGUAUCACAAGUUGGAGGAGGCGCUGUUGGCUGGGGGUUUCAAGAAGAGUGAGUGUGACCCCAGCCUGUUCCUGCUGCAGGAGAAGGAUGAAAUCCUCAUGCUCUUGGUGU